AUGUCCAGUCAAGAGAAUCAGGGAAUACCCCUUCACUACGCGCCGGACGGAGUGGGCUACAAACUGCUCGAGAUCCCCCCGGAGCUCCAGGCCCUUCUCGAGAGCAAUGAGCCCCCCACACUGAGAAUCGAGUCUUCACCGGCUGCCGCCCUUCUCAAGACGGCAGACAAGACGUGGUCGCUACGGCAAAAGAACACGUCCAAUGCAUUGAUCAUCCUCAGGCCGUCUACUGCCAGUCAGGCGUCCGCCGAGAUCUCACAACCCGGCAUCAAUGCCAUUGCUACCAUCCACGAGACGAUCGAGCUCGUGCCCGAGUCUAGUGACUCCGCGCCAGUCCCAGCACCGAAAGGGAAAUGGCACGAGAGGUUUGGGAGGAGCAGUAACCGAGGUCAAUUCGCUGCCUAG